GAAUUAAAAUCGACUUAACUGCUUGCAUGUGAUUUACUUUCAUUACGUAUUCGUAAUUUAAUUUUUAAUUUAAAAUCUGGUGCUUAGCUGGCAGCUUUACUUUCUGUUUCUUUCCGCAAGUUGUGACGUUUGAGUGGAAUGAAGUUUUUCGAAUUUGUUUUACUAAUUGUGAAUUAAUUUAAUGGUUAUUCGUGAAAUAUGAAGCUAAAGCAUAUAAAAUCGUCGUCCUUCGUUUUAAUUGUGGUAUUUUUUAUCCUGAGUUCAAAAAAUAGUGUGGAAUGUCUUUUUAUAAUUCCGUCCGUCCUAAUGGCUAUGACGGGGGGACUGCUCAUGGGAAAAAUGACGAUGGGUGGACUUCUUAUGAUGCUAAUGGCUGCUAAUCAACAACAAAACGGUCAAAAUUUCCUCCGAAAUUUGGGCCUUGUUCCGCACCCAUCUCCCAGCACGGGGAUAUCCGUCCCCACGCUCAGUUCUGAAGGUCUAGUUCAAGAUCUCAUUGUCCGAAAGAGGAGAGCUCUGAGGAACGAGUCAGCCCAUUUGAGUGACAAACGCACUCGACGACCAUCACAAGAAAAUAUUAUCGAUGAGAACACACAAUAUCGAAUAAUGCGUCAGGUAGCAAGUUCGGAUCCUUUGAAUUGUCUCCCAUCCGCUUUGUGUGGAAUCAGUGCAACUCCGCCUUCAACUCAGAGUGGAUUUCUUAAUGAUUAUGCAUACCUUUUAAAAACUGUUUUUUCGAGGGACGACGAAGACUUGGAUAAUGACGAUCUUGGGAAAGAUUUGGAGGCAGAAUUUGCCCAGUUGACGACAAAGAAUAAAAAGAAACCUUCAAAAAAGAAGGAAACCCAGACAGUCAAAUCAAAAACGAAAACAAAGGACAAGAAAAAACAGGGCGAUGACGAAUCUUCAGAGGAAGCAGUUGACGACGAGGAAAUUGACGACCAAAGGAGAAAAGAAAUAAUUGAAAUGGAUGACAUGGCCAACGAAGAAAUUCUUAACAACAAUCCAGAUUACAUCCCGUAUGCGAUGCAUGAUAGCAUGAAAGUUAGUAAACCUAGUAGCAGACCCCCAACUGAGCCUAUGGGACCACCUCCUCCACCAGAUGCUCACCCUCCCGACCUUGGCCUCCCAAUUGGCGACCUCCACCAAAUGUCAGAAGCUGAUUUGGAUGAUAUUUUAUCAAAAUUGGGUGGUGGACCGCCACCACCAACUUCAAAGCGUCCAGGUUCAAUCCUUUCCAAAAUUAUGCCACAAUUCUCCUAUGGAUUUUCUGGAAAGGGAGGCGACAAUAAAUUUGACGAUGAUCCAUUCUUUGCUGGAUUUAAGAGGAGCAUGGAAGGGAGAAAGUUGGAGGUGGAUUCGGCAAGUUUGAGACCUGCAACUCCAGUAGAAGAAGCCUUGUUUCAAGAGUUGAGAAUUAAGCGACAAAGGAGGAAAGAGUACAUUGCUUUAAAAAGGAAGGAACUUAAAGAGAUAAGUGAUCCCGUCGAGAAAUUUCGAAUAGCAGCCGAAUUUGGUCAGAAAGUCAAAAGUUCGCGACAGUGUCGGAUGCUCUUUAAUAGUUGUCCAUUCAACUAUACUCAAGUUUUGGGCAUGGUGGCUGAUUUUAGAAAAGUGAUCCUGGGACAACCUUUGAAUGUGCCACAAAAGGACACGGUCGUUGAUUUGAAACCAUCAGGGACCACUUCUUCAUCAGGUGCAAAGAAUAUAAUCAACCUUAAUGCGGGCACAUCCUCAGCCGCAGGAGGAGUGACCAGCAUCAUCCAUCAACUUCCCACUGGAGAGAAAGUCGAAAUUAAUCUGAAAAUGACAAAAGGUGGAUUGAACUCAACGAGAAGAAUAAAACCGAAACCAGGCUCGACAAAUGGCACAAUUUCAACUUUAAAUAAUUCAGUGAAAAGGAAACCUGGAGAUAAUUCAGACAUAUUUGAUGAUGACGAACAAGACAAUUACGACACAAAUAAAUCACCAACACCAAUUCAUAGCAUUGAGAGUUUAAAAGCAACAAUGUUGGCCAUUGAGAAAAUCAACAACGCCACAAUCAAGAGAAAAAAGCAGGGAAAACCAUUCUCUUAUUCACAAACUUUAAUAGAUCUUGGAAUCCAAAAUCCUGUCAUAAUUCCUUCAAAAAAUGAUACAGUUUCUGACGAUAUCAAAUUACCUGAACCAGAUCCACAAGUCUUAACAAAAUUACAAUCGCAAAAUAAUGGAAAAACUAAGAAACAAUCUAACAGUCCGCAAAAAACUGCAACACUUUUAGCAUCAUUGACCAAAAUUGAAGACGAUGAAGAUGACGACACUCUUCCAACCAAUCUAGACGGGAUAAAACGCGUUACGGCGACUGGUCCAAAAUCUAAUCAAGAAUUGUCGAAAAUAUUGGAAAGGUUGAAAAAAAUUAGGCCUAAAAAGGAUCAACAUGACACGGACAAUUCAGAUGAAGAAGAAGAUGACGAUGGAGACGAAGGAGAGGAUGAAGAGGAGGAUGAAAUUGAUGAUGUAAAUAAAGCAUACAAAACAGAGAGUGCCGAUUAUGACGAAGAACGAGACCCCAACCGAUUCAUGAAGCGACAAAAUCCUCUAAAAAGAAUUUCUGCGAUGGUGGACAAACAUUUUUUCAACAGACUAAGAUCUCCAAUCGCAAGACAUGAGAACUUACGAAUGAUGAACAAUGUGAGGAAACCAAAAAAGUUGUUUUUAUAUGAUACCGAUCUCCCGAGACCUUUACCUUUAUGACUAAACGACAGGAAGGUGGAAGCAUUGAGAUUAAAUAUACUUUGAGGAAAAUGUGUAGUAUCGCAACCUCACAGAUUUUACAAAAUAGAAUGUUACAUAUUUAAUGUUUAGUUUUUUAAAUAAAACCCCAAUCACAUUUA